AUACUGCGGCACUUACGCAGUGCCUUGUGCUUGCAGAGGAGGAACACCAUUUCUGUGCGUUGCGAGUCGCCUGUAAAAUAUGCGAAACGGAUGCAUGAGGCGCAACGUGCAGCUUACCCGGUGUAUCCGCUUUGCCCACCGGUGGUGCAGAAAGGACAUUGUCACGUCAACUUGAUCCGCAAGAUGCCGUGCUCCUUCAGCUGGGACUGGGCGCCUUCCUUUCCUUCUACUGGCGUUUGGAAGCCUAUCUGGCUGGAAGGGAGCAAUGGCGUCGUCAUCCGCGAUGUAUUAGUGGAAACGAUUCCUCAUAAGGACUUUGACACUGCGACUGCUUUCGCCUUCGUGGUUAACGACGUCCCCGUUUAUGCUAAAGGCAGCAACUGGGUGCCACCAGAUAUCUUUCCGGAGAGAAUCACGAACAGCUACGUCAGGGAGCUGCUGCUUUCUGUCAAGGAGGCGAACAUGAACAUGCUUCGUGUGUGGGGUGGUGGCGUGUACGAAACGGAUUACUUCUAUAGUUUCGCCGACGAGCUGGGAAUUCUCAUCUGGCAGGAUAUGAUGUUUUCAGCCAGCCUUUAUCCGGCGGAUCGGUCUUUUCUCCAGAGUGUCACCACCGAAGUCCAACAACAGGUUCGACGCCUACAAUAUCACCCUUCUGUGGUCAUUUGGGCUGGAAACAACGAAAACGAAGACGCACUUGCUUCCGGUUGGUGGAAAGUCCAGAAGGAUUAUGACCUGUACCGUACCGAAUACCUGAAGUUGUACAUCGGCGUUAUCAAGACCGUCGUUGAGACUGAAGACAAGACGCGACCCUUUGUCUCAUCAACACCAAGCAACGGCAGAAAAACUGCCGAAGAUGGCUGGAUUAGUUCGUCACCCAACGCGGAAAUGAAUGGUGAUGGUGCCCACUUUGCAGCUCGGAUUAUCAACGCUUACUUCCGCACUAACAAUGCGUCCUGGAACGGCAGAUUAGCGGACUACGACAUGGUCUCCUACCUCACUCAGGUCGUCCAAGCUGAAGCAGUGCGCACGGGCUGUGAAAGGUUCAGACGCCUGCGCGGCCACCUCUACGACGGCCUCGGCCACAACAUGGGCGUUCUCUUCUGGCAGCUCAAUGACAUUUGGCCUGCGCCGUCAUGGGCGUCUAUCGAAUACGGUGGCCGCUGGAAGAUGCUUCACUAUUUCGCGAGAAAGUUCUUCAGUCCCAUUAUCGUGUCGCCGUACCUGGAACGAGACGAGGAAUUCAGGGUAUUCAUCGUCAACGAUUUGCUCACACCUGUAGAAGGAGCAAUGCUGGACGUCACACUAUACUCAUCACUUUCAUUCACUCCUCUCUGGGGUUUUCAGCUGCAACCCAAGGUGCGAAGUGCCCUUUCUGCCGACCUUGGAAGCUACCCUGUAAGCGACCAGCUACGACGUCACAGCUGCUCGAGAUUCCUGCUCUGUUUCUUCUGGUUCGUGCUGCGCGACCAGACAACGGGAAAGCUGUUGGCUCCAGAGGCGUACUUACUUCCGGGUGAUUUCAAAGAGACCCAUCUUCACGCCACAACAAUAAAGGUAACCUCAGUCGUAGGACCCACAGCGGCUCCCCGGGAACCUGGAUUCAGCACUUUCGACGUCACCCUACGUGCAAGCAGCAUCGCACUCUUCGUUUGGCUGACGGCUCGCCACCUCAGUGGACGCUUUUCUGACAACGGAUUUCUGCUGAAGAAUCCAACCAUUGUUGUUCAGUUUAGCACACGAGAAAAUGUGACUGCCGAAGCACUUGAGAAAGCUAUAAUCAUUGAAACGCUCUCGAAUUACGUGAGGACAAUAGAUUAGAUUCAGCACAAAAUGAAUUACA